AGAGGAAUGUGAAUUUAUCCUUAUGGAGUGGGUAUGUUGAAGACAAGAGUGAACUGGGUGCUACUCUUGUAGUCUUCUUAUAAUGUUGGUGAAAGACUUUAGCUACUGCAGAAUAUAUUAUUUUUGUUGUAAUACCUUGAUCCACCUGUUAUGGGGGCAUCAGAAACUUUUAGAAAAAUAAUGAUGGAAAAAUGUGUAUGUUUAAAUGUUUGCCACUACGCAAAUUAGCAAAUAAUAAGUUCUGAUUGUCUUAUUAUUGUGAUUAUUUUAAGAAAAUAAUGGGUCAAAGUUAUUACACUGUAAAUAUGAAGGGCACUAUUUUCUUUAUUUGUUGUUACAUAAUAUUUGUUUGUGAUUCAAAAGCCAUCCUAAAGUUAGAUUUUUGCAAGUUGUUCCUUGUGAAAGUUGUAGUCUUCAUUCGUCUUGUUGAUCUUGAAGGACAUAGGGAGUGCUUGAAUAUGAAUAAGGAAUGUUCUAUUUCUGGUAGGAUGAAUAGUCCUGAGUGAGAAAUCAUAUUUACCUUUUCUGACUAUUGUCUUCCUCAGCCCCCUAGUCAUCUUCAUAGGCUUAGGCUGAGAUGCCUGAGGAUGUCAACAAUAUAUAGUUAGAAAUGGUUUUAGUAUGUAUGGGUUUUAUCAUUGUAUAUAACUUGGAGCUUUUCUCGACAAGAGAACGAAUCUGCCAAACAUGGUUGUGAAGUUUCCCUUGAGGCAGUUUGCACUGAACCUUCACCUAAAGGGUUUCCUUGCUGCAGCGUUUUUAAAGAGAGUUACUUCCUGAUUCCAAAGACAAAGAAACAGACCCAAGACCAUUUGUCUGAAAUAUUUAAGAUUUAAAUAUUUGGUGUUUGCAUCUCUUAUUUGGUGCACUGGAAUGUUGAAAUAUGAAAACAAUCUAUCCUGUUUAAAAAUGUUUAUAAAGUUAUUUUCCUCUCUGAUAAAAAUGAUAAAAUUUUAAAAUUCUUGGGCAAAGUUAUGCAGCUGAGUUUGAAAUUUAUAAUUGUUGUGUUGCAGUCUUUGGCAGUGAAAGCUUCAGCUCUUCCAUUUCUGUUGUCAGGAAACCUGCAUGGGAGUUACUAAAGUAGGGGCCUUGACUGUAUCAUGGCUGUCUUGGUUGUUCUUAGAGUGUUAUGUGUUGGAGUGAAAUGUGUUAGUGCUCCACAUUUUCUUCCACAGGAUAUGGUAGAAAAUGAUCACAGGAGUAUCACAAAAUAGGAAGCUAUACAAAUACCUGUUUUGUUAUAAAAGGAAAAGCGGCUACAGUCUCUGAGUAAUGUGUACCCUUUAAGUGAAGUUAGGGGAACUGCUAGAUGGUGCUAUUUGAUCUAAAUACAUUCAUCUCCUUGUUCAUUACUGUUUCCAGUGAAGAAUCUGUGUUGCUUGUAUAGAGUUCAUCCACUCUAUCCUAUGCAAUAUUUAAAAAUGAUACAAAAGUGUAGCACAAACACAAUUUCCAAUUUAUGUUGGAAAAGAACUAUUAUUUAGAAUGCUGUGGAAAUUAUUAGAUGCUUGUUUUAGAUAGCACUCCAUAUGGAUUGAUACAUACUCCCAAUAUAAUAAUUUUUGUAUUUAUUGUUUAUAAAUCAAAGUCUUCUUUUUAUUGUUCUUUCGCUAAAUCUUUUAUUUCUGUUAAAUAAGCCUUUUAACUAUACAAGAUUGCUGAACAUUAUUUUUGUAUAGUGUUGUUCCACUACUGUAUGGUUGUCACCCAGGGGAAAUGAUUCUGCUGAGAGCAGUUGUCUUCCUAUCAAAAUAAGUACAGAUGAGGGGAGGGGAGAAGCAUCUUUCCGAGCUUUUUAUAAAGUAGUGAUAGCCCAAGCCACCAGAAACAUGAUCAGGGACCAUUUAAUGGAGAAACAUUUGCUUUUAAAUUUGUUUUGUUUACUUGAAGAAUUUGCUGUGUCCAUAUAUCCGUGAUUUAAAUGUCUUUUUAUGUAUAUUUAUAGACUAUGUAUACUAAUUUUGUAUGCUUAAGGACCAUUGACCUAAAUGAGACAUAUAGUUUUAUGGAUCCAGCACUGCAGCAAUUAAUAUAAUACUAAACCCAUUUACUUAGAAGUAAAUGUCAUUGUUUAAUCAUAAUUUAGUCCCAAGUAGCUAUGCUUAGGUUGUAAACUGGGUGUUUUGAUUGCAAGAAUUAUUUUCCUAUGUGCUUUUUCAUCAUAUUAGGAAACAUAGGAAGAUUGAAAACCACUCUGCUUUCAUCUUCAGAAUGUUAGCACUAUAUGUAUAUGAAUAUCUGCUCCAUGUAGGAGCACAGAAAUCUGCGCAGACGUUUUUAUCAGAGAUAAGAUGGGAAAAAAACAUCACAUUGGGAGAACCCCCAGGAUUCUUACACUCUUGGUGGUGUGUAUUUUGGGAUCUCUACUGUGCAGCUCCAGAAAGACGUGAAACAUGUGAACACUCAAGUGAAGCUAAAGCCUUUCAUGACUAUAUGCAUGCACUGUACUUGAAAUGGCUAUUGCAGCUUCCUGUUAGCGCUGCAGCAGCUCCCAGUCCAGUGCUAGGAAACAUUCCCCCAGGAGAUGGCAUGCCAGUAGGUCCUGUACCACCGGGUUUUUUUCAGCCUUUCAUGUCUCCCCGAUACCCAGGAGGUCCACGACCACCUUUAAGGAUACCAAACCAGGCACUUGGGGGUGUACCAGGAAGUCAGCCAUUAUUGCCUAGUGGAAUGGAUCCAACACGGCAACAAGGUCAUCCAAAUAUGGGUGGGCCAAUGCAGAGAAUGACUCCUCCUAGAGGAAUGGUUCCGCUAGGACCUCAGUCUGACCCUUGGUUAUCAUUGCAGAACUAUGGAGGUGCUAUGAGACCCCCUCUGAAUGCUUUAGGUGGUCCUGGAAUGCCUGGAAUGAACAUGGGUCCAGGAGGUGGUAGACCUUGGCCUAAUCCUACAAAUGCCAAUUCUAUACCAUACUCUUCUGCGUCGCCUGGGAAUUAUGUAGGUCCACCAGGAGGUGGAGGGCCACCAGGAACGCCCAUCAUGCCUAGUCCAGCAGAUUCAACCAAUUCUGGAGACAAUAUGUACACUUUAAUGAAUGCAGUACCUCCUGGACCCAACAGACCUAAUUUUCCAAUGGGACCAGGGUCUGAUGGCCCUAUGGGUGGAUUGGGUGGAAUGGAUUCACAUCAUAUGAAUGGAUCAUUAGGCUCAGGAGACAUGGACAGUAUCUCCAAAAAUUCUCCCAGUAAUAUGAGCAUGAGCAAUCAGCCGGGGACCCCUCGUGAUGAUGGUGAAAUGGGGGGGAACUUUCUAAACCCCUUUCAGAGUGAAAGUUAUUCUCCCAGCAUGACAAUGAGUGUGUGAUCCAUAACCAAGUCUCUUCAUGAUGGCUGCACUGAAAUGGCCCUCUCCAGAGAGCUACUAAAGAAGAAAAAUUACUCAUCCCUGUGUACAGUUUAACAGAAAAGAUCUCUGCCACACUUGGACCCACCGUGUUUUUUUUCCAACCAUCUUUCCAGUUUUGUGAAGAACAUGGGUCCUGAUUUGAUUUCAGCAUCCAUAAUAAGUGGCAUAUCGGAGCUACCCAAGUCUGAACUGCAAAAUUAUCUAUGUAUGUAUAUGUAGGGUAGGUGUAUGUAUGUGUGUGUUACAGAGACAUAGAUAUGCGCACAUACAUACAUAGACCUGCAGGACAUUGUAAAAUAUUAUCACAUGGCAUCUUAAGUAGAAAUAAGAAAUAGGGACUUUUAUUCCAUCUUUUUCACGUUUACAUUUUAACUAUUAAAAGAACUGCUUCCCUCUCCCCAUCUGAACUGUUUUGUGCUGUGUAUAUCACUGCUUUGUAAGUUAUUUUUUUAAAGAAGAUCUCAAAUAAGUUCUUUUUGUCAUUGUCUGACAUCAUUGAUAGGAAUAAAACUGUUUAUAAGAGGGCUCUCAUAAAGUUGUGUUUGAUACCAAUAACCAUGUGAAUUGAAAAAUCCACUGUCUCAAAAAAAAAAACUGAAGACAUGCAAGUGAAAUUUGUCCUUUUCCAUUCUAAAAAGUGAGAGACAAGAACUUAUAGGGCUUCUUGAUCCCUGAUUCUUCAUAGAUGCCUAAUAGUACAAUCCUGAACAAACUUGCAUGGUGGUAAGUUCCAGUGAUAUAAUUCAGAUUUACUUCCAUGUAAAUCUGUGUCGAGGAUCGGAGUGCAAAUCCUUCAAUAUUUGUUUUCAAGGGAAGUAUGAGUUAAUCUCAGCUUCUUCAUCUAUGCAGAGAAAUGCAACAUUACUGUGUUGGGCUCUGGUCAAUUGCUGUAGCAUCCAGCAAUAAAAGUGGCAGAUUUUGUCUUUCUGCCCUUGGAAAAAAAUAAAAAGUUAUUUAGUAUGAUCUUCCAUAAAUGUAGUCAUUAAUAAAAGCUAUAGAUUCUGUUGCUGAGGCAUGCCUUUUCUAGCAAUCCACUACUGUCUCCCAGGGCUAGUAACACUAUAACCUCCAAUUAUCUGUAAGAACUUAAAAACUUUUCCAGCUGUGCCAUUUCUUCCCCAAAUACACUGGUCCUCACUGGUUCUCUUAACCUAUCACUUUCCUUCAUCACCCAAAUAUUUGUAAUUUCAUGUUAUUUGUAAUUCUGCAAAGACCUCUUGAUGUUUCUCAGGCCAUACAAAUAGGUUUAUUUAAUUUAAGUCACCAAUUCCUAUAGCAUCAUAAAGACCAGCACAUUUUACUGGACAGAAAGUUUUUGUGAACUAAAGAAAACAUAUGCCAUAAUAAUGUGUUAGUCUUUAAGGUAUUACAGGACUUUUAGUUUUCUGCAGAAAAACAGCAAACAUGGCUACCCUUCUGGAAAUUCAUUUAAAGUAUGUAGACCAAGUAAAAUUUCUUCCAGAAUUUCAUCUCUUUUGGUGUAAAAUGACCGUGGAGUUUAAAGGCACUGCUCAUGGAGAAAGAGUGAGGCAGCAAGCCCCUUUUAUUCAAAUGUACUGAUGCAUGAAGAGAAGCAUAAUUUCCAGUUUUGUAAUAUCAUCUUAAAGUAAAUUCUUGUUUUUAGGAUGUUUUCUAAAGAUUACCCUCCCAUUAUCUGCACAUCUCUUAAUCAAUUUCUUCCAGCGAAUGUGUGAGUUGAAGUGUUGCCUUAGAGGAUUGAUCUGUGUUUACUUGAAGUCAUUGGGGAAUUUAGUUACAGGAGAGUCUACCCAGUGCACCUCUCACUGAAAUGACAGUGGAAGUAUUCAUUUUAAAUGAGAAGCUGUGUAUGAUGAUUUUCACCCCUUUGUCACUGACUUUAAAAGACAAAGGAAGGGUUUUUUUUAAAAAAAAAUGUGUCAGUUUUAUAGAAACUGUUUAAAAGACUACUUGUUUUAGUCUUGUGAAACGAGUAAACAAGUAGGAAUGGGCAACAUCAUGCUUACAUUUCCUCCCUCCAUCCCCCCAAAUCAUAUCCUGGUGCGAAAUGUGUAAUUUAAUUUCUCUUCUUUUCAUUGUGUGCAUAAAGCACAAGAAGUAAUAAUGGCUUAUAUCCAAUAUUGUUCCUUCAUUAACAGAAGGCUCUUUGACUCAGUGGAAGCUUCUAUAAAUGGCUGGGAGAUCGUAAUUCCUCCUGAUUCCUCUUUACAGCCUCCUACACCCUCUCUUCCCAAAUCUCUUCUAGACUGCUCAGCACUUUCUGAAACAGUGUCAAUGGCUGAAGAAUUUUAUAUUUGCAAACAUUACCUUUUCCCAUUUUUUAUUUAUAGAGGCCUCCUCUGGCUCAAACUGCUCUAUAAAGAGAUAUGACUGCUUAAUCCCAAAUCCUUUUGUCCCAUCAGUCCUUUUAUGCAUGUGAAACAGUUGUCUCUGUGCCUAAGUUUUUACUUGUAACAUUAAGUAUAUACUUUGCCAGGUAGCCACGUAAACUAAUAGAAUAUUAUACACACAACACCUAAAGACACUGCUAAGUAAAUGCUAUUUUGUGUAUGUGACAUUUUGUACUUUCUAAUGAGCUGCUUAUAGAGAUGAGCAAAAUAGAGGUCAAAAUCAAAGGAGGAGAUUGACUGCCAUGAAUUGAUUUCUUUCUAGCAUGAUGAAACAUCCAUGCAUGUCUUUAUAAGUUUAUACAAGCCUUAAUACCAAGUUCCCUGGAGAAAGAAGUGUGUGCAUGUUUGUUUACGCCGUGUGUGUGUGUGUGUGUGUGUGUGUGUGUGUGUGUGUGCACGCGCACAGUAGGCACAAUUGAGAUGGAUCUUCUUGUUCUCUGGAUUUGUUGAUGAAAUUAUUCCAGCAGAGGCAAGUAUGUGGAAACUGUUCACAUAAUAACUCAUCACUCUGGAUUAAUUUAAAGGAUAACUUGUGGGUAGAAGAACAUCUUCCUUUCUAGUCCUGCUCAUAAAUUCUUGGUAUUAUGUCUGUGCUUCUAUAGGAAUCUUACAAAAACAUCUUUAAAGAUUUACUGACAAUUUAGAUGAAAUAUGAUCUGGCUUUUAAAGACAGUAACAGACAUUUACAGUAGAACUAAUUUUCUAAUCUGAAGCAUGAUUUAUAUGCAGACUUUUUAAAUGCCUAGUAUAGGUUUGGGGUAUUGUGUAUUGGAGGCAGAGUAGAAGAAGGGCGCUGUAGAGACUGGUGAAAAGGAGUUCAAAAUGUUUACUUUGUAAGUGGAAUUUUAGCUCUCCUUUAUUAUUGAAUUUUUGUGUGUUCCCCAAAGAUAGUAGGAACUUUAUUUCAGUCAGCACUUGCUUCAGGCAUACUCUAAAGAAAGAGAUGCAUAAGAGCAAACAUUAAGCAUGGUUCCUUCACACAUUUGCUUCUCGGUGUUGCAGCUGCCAAAUUUGUAUUUGGAACCCUGUUGAGUUGUGCGUCAUUCAUUCUAGUUGAUCAGCUAAAGUUUUAGUUGCCACUGCCCUGGUCUCAUUUGGUGCAUGUUUCAAAUCCCUUCACCCCUUUUUACCAGUCUUACUGGAAAGAGAGAAGCUGGAAGAACUGAUAUCCAAGAGGCAGCCUCUUUAGUUCCCUUGAAUAUUGUUAAUGAAUACAAUGUAAGCAUUCAUUAUACUUUUCCUAAGUGAGCUUUUUGUUAAAAUCACAUUUAUUUAAUGCUAAUUUAAGUAUAUUCAUUUUCAUUACCUAUGUAUGUAUAGGCACAUUAAAGACUCACAUGUAUCAUCAAAUCAUGGUUUGACACUAUAGAAUCAAGAAUUUGCUCACAAAUUCUCUAAUCUUAAUUUUUUUGUAUAAUCCUGAUUUGUAGGGCAAGUGCAAACCUUGUCUACUAGUUUGAAGGUAAUAGCCAAUUAUUAGUUUUUUUUGCAAAAAAAAUUAUUUAUGCAGAACAUGCAAGGCGGUAGGAGGGAAAGGAAGCAUAAGCACAUAAGCAUAGAGAUUGAUCAUAUAGCAUUAAACUGCAACGAAAGCAAUAGGUCCUAAUUUCAGAUGGCUAAAAACUAUUAGAUCAAACAUGUUUUGUUUCAUUCAUAGACAUCAACUUAAAAAUCUUUGUGUCAAAAAGAUCACAUGACUUAAAAUCAUUGAUAUAUGUGAAACCACUGUGCUUAUUACAUCAAUAUCUCAGAUGCAAUGAAGUUAUAGAAUUAGAUGAUGAAAUCCUAGAGAGAGAUUAAUCAGUGUGUUCUACUUUUUCCCUUUUGCCUUGGUAUCAGAAAUUAUAGCCAAUAAAUAUUGCAGUGACUAUUCCAGGUUCCUUUAGAUCUCAUGUAUUGUUCCCUGAUUAUUAUUUUAAAGAGAUGCAUAAACAUUGUCAAUAGGAGUUUGCACAAAACACUUAAGCAUUAAGAAUGCAAUCAUUACUGUCAAUGUUUCCAAAAGAUUACCAAAAUAAAGUAAUUUUUUAUUUGAUUAAGUGGAGGUCAUUUUAUGACUAACCUGAUUGGAAUUUUAAGAAUGAUUUUGGUAGGCUCUUUAAGUUGUAUGUUUAAUUCUAUGGUAGGAUCUCUUUUAAAACAAGUUUGAGAUAAAAGCAAGCUGAUCCAAAUUUUAAAAUAUUGAAAAAAAAACUAGGGUUCUGACCAUAUAUAAUUUUCAGUUUCCAGUUUGCAAUACUAAUAAUUUUAUAGUUUGUUCAGUGGCACAAGCCUCACUUAAGUGUUCUAAAAGCACAUAGAGAAAUGUGCAAAAGGAAACUAUUCCAUUCAUUACUAGAAUAUCUUUCAUAUAGUUGCACAUGGAACACUUUAAAUCUUUUUGGAAAAAUUGGCCUGGGAUAAUUACAAUUUUAUUUUGAAAAUGUGUUCAAGUUUUGGGAUGCACUUGCACAUGAGCUCUGCUGAUACAAAGUGGAGAAUCAGGCAGCAAUGAAGGUGCACAAGUGCUUGCAACAUUGGCAUUUUUAUUUAUUUGCCCAGAUCUAUGCUGUCCUUGCUUUUUUUGUAAGGGAAAAAACACAAAACAGAAAUUGAUAUAUGCCUAUAUAUAACUAAUUUCUGGGAGUGAAAGUUUAUCUUCUUUUCUUACUUCAUUUGAUCAAUUCUAGAACAUAUCAACACAGUGUAAUUAUAGCAGUUUCAUACCACUUUAACUGCCAUGGCUCUGUCCCAUAGAAUCCUGUGAUUUGUAGUUUAAUGAGGUACUUAGAAUUCUCUGGUACAGUCCCCUGAUCUACAGCACUAGAAGUCCAGCCAAAUGAUUCUAAAUUUAUCACCAAACUACAAAUCCUAGGAUUUCCUAGGGUAGAACUACAGCAGUUAAAGUGGCAUCAAAGCACUGUAAUUGCAUGCUAUGGAUAACUCCCAUUCAGCUUAUUGGCUUUCCCUAUGGUUGUUGUGUGUAUUCAUGUUUUAACACCAAAAUAUGUACAGUAGAGUCUCACUUAUCCAACAAAAACGGGCCGGCAGAACGUUGGAUAAGCAAAUAUGUUGGAUAAUAUGGAGGGAUUAAGGAAAAGCCUAUUAAACAUCAAAUUUUACAAAUUAAGCACAAAAACAUCAUGUUUAACAACAAAUUUGACAGAAAAAGUAGUUCAAUACGCAGUAAUGCUAUGGAGUAAUUAAUGUAUUUACGAAUUUAGCACCAAAAUAUCACGAUGUAUUGAAAACAUUGACUACAAAAAUGCGUUGGAUAAUCCAGAACAUUCAAUAAGUGAGUGCUGGAUAAGUGAGACUCUACUGUAUUAGCGUAGCAAUGUCUAUCUACAUGUUUUGUUAUUUACAUACAAGAUAUGCAAGGAAGCUUCUCAUGUGAUGAGAGAAUUUGCCAUAGAUAUGUGUAAAGAUGUUUGUCCAUUUUGAUAUAUGUAUGUGUCUGCCAAAGUGCAAGUUCUAUUUAUAAGUUGACAUCAUUUCAUGGCCACAUUUCUGAAUUUUCAUUUUUAUAGAAAAAAUAUUUAGACCAUAAAUGACUUCAUCAUUAUAAGAUUGUAGAAAACAUGUUCAUAUCCUGUUAAUUCAAAAAUUAUGACUUUCAAAUCAAAUAUAUAAGUUGGUAUUUGCAAACACUGAAGUUAAGUUUUGCAAGGGUUACCUAUAUGUGUGUGUCUCAGCUGGGAUCUAAUGGGUGACCCACCAUUGUUGGGCAUACAUACCAUUCAUCUCAAAAUCAGAUCAUCAAGGAUCUCAAGAGCUUCUGAAAUGGUGCAUGACCAGAAAGGCACUAGAAAAUAGACAUCUGGAGAAAAAAUGGGAAAGCAUUGGUCUCCUAAUCACUCAUACCUCUUUUACACAUCCAUUUCUGCCUAGGCCAGGAGCGAGCUAUCUCUAGCCUUCUAGGUCAGAGCUUUCCAAAUGUUACCUAUCGGUGACGUACUUUUGAUGACAUGCAUCAUUACGUGAAACAGUAAUUCAGUUUUACUAGCAAACCAAGAGUUCAAACAACUCUUUAUAAGAGAUACAGGCACAUACAUAAGCUGUAAUAAUGAAAUGUAUGGGAACACAACGUGUCUCAUGAAAACUGUUCAAUUACAUAUUUUAAAAUAUAUGAUUAUUGCUUAUUUCACAUAGACUCAUAGGUUUCUCCUUACGUUCACACGACACACCUACGCACUGAAAAUGACACAGUAACAUGUUGACUCAUAGUUUGGAAAGCUCUGCUCUAGAUGUUAUUGGUCUUCAGCUCAAAACAUCUUCACCAUUGGCCAUGAGGGCUAGUCCUCAAAGUAUAUAUACAACAUUUUCAUUUGUAACAUUCUCAGUAUUAUCAACAUAAGAGUCAGAGCAAGGAGUCACCCAGUCCAGUCUUACCUUCCCAAUAGUGGACCCUUAGUGCUUCCAGAAAGUUCACGACCAUGAAGGCAACACAUUACCCCCUCUCAUGUACUCAAGUCUCUGGUCUGCUGUCUCUGAAUACUAAUGUUUCAUUUAUCAACCAUUACUGAUAACUAGAUAAAGACACCUAAGUUAGUGACCACCACCUCAUGCGGUGAAAGUGCUACCACAUCAGACAUUGUCUGUGCUGCAGUUCUCACAGUAAAAUAGUUUUUUUCUAACAUUUUCUUUUUUCAGCCUCCUUCACUGUCAUCUCACAGCUGCCUUACCUUUCAUGCACAUCAGCCAUUCUUGCCCAUCCUCAUUCCCUCCUUGACCACUUCUAUAGCCCUAUCUUCUUGCAUCUUUGUCAGGUUCUUGCAACCUUUCACACUACUACCUCCCACUUUAACUGCAUCUUAUGGGGGUUGUAGUUUGGUGAAACACUCCCUGGCUGAAAAAUUCUAAAUACAUCUUAAACUACACAUUCCAGGGAAUCAUUUUGCUAUAACUGUGUAGUAUGAAAGGGACCCUUGUAUUCAUAUCUGUACUCUUCAGUCCCACACUUUGAUUCUUUUCUCUUUCACUAGUUUUAUCACAAAUGAAUUGUAACUACCACUUUCUAUUUGGUGGUGGUGGGUGUUUUUUUCUUCCAACAUUUUCAAUUUUAUGUUGAGAGUAGAAAGAAGAUUGGCAAAUCUAAUAUCCUUGCAACAAAUGGUCAUUAUUAUUAUUGUCAAUGAAAAUAUAUUUACUCUUUGGCAAAAGUGAAAAUAGAGGGUAGGGAUUGUUGAUUGUACAAGAAUGUCACAUUUUUUGAAUGCUGAAGCAAGUUUGGCAAACAUGUUUGCUGCAGAUACACUGCCGUUUUGUGAUGUAACAAGUAGCUAGAGUGUGAAUUUAAAGGAUUUAUAUUCAUAUGAAGCUCCCUUAGUGUACAUAAUGAAAUGCAAAUGCUAAGUUUUGGUACUUUUGUACAUAUUUGGCUAAAUCAAUUUUAGUCCCAAGUAAACUGAAAUGAAUGAGUUCAUCCAUAUCCCAUUGAUUUUAAUGAGUUUAUUGUCGUAGGGAAUAAAAUUGGGUUUAGUUCUUUACAUAUUAUUUCUAGCUAUAUAGCAGUCCCAGUUAAACCAAUGAGAUUUACCUUAGUGAGAGCAAAUGCCUUUCUGUCACAGUGAUGUGUUUGCCUUGUAAAAUAAUAUAUAACAUUGAACUGCAGGCAGUUUUUAUAAAAUCAGUUUAAAGGUAUUGUUUCCACUUAUUAAUACAAUAUUAACAGCUGUUACGAAUUUGCAAUAUUGUUUGGGUUUGAGCUCAUAUAGUCUAAAGUUGGGAUAACAACACUCUGUGCUAAACAACAUUCUUUUCAAGCAGAUGGCAGCCUGAAAGUGACUGCUUGGCACAACAAAGAGCAAAAGAAAUAAAUAGCGGAUAUUCUGGUGUUAAAAUGCCCAUAGUAAUUGCACAGAAAGUCAAUAUUGUUGAUAGGAAAUUUGCCUCCCACUGAAAGAAGUACUAAUAAUCUAAAUGAUGCCAUUGGCUUAAAAGCUCAGUGACAACCAUGUUAUGUACGAGGAGAACAUCAUUUAAACUAGGGAUGGACAACUUGUGACUUUCCAGAUAUUGCUUGGCUGCUAUUACCACCUACUGCUCUGUCCAGGAUAGAUGGACUUGCCUUCCAUUGGUCUUGAAUUGCCACAAAUUGUCUAUCUCUGCUUUACAGAAAUCGUCGAAUGUUCUCAGGUGAUUUGCAUACAGAAAUGAAUUUCCAUGUAUGAAUUGCCAGCCCCAGUAACAACAAGCUGCUGCAAAAACAGAGUUCCUGUAUUAAGAUAUGCAACAAGAGCCCUGCACAGGAUUUGCUGUGUACUUGUGGAAGUUUCCCAUCUCCUAGCUCUGCAGGUCUAUUAGCCUGGGAAAAGUGGGUCUACAGAUUGAGGAGCAUGCAUAGACAGAAAAAAUGCAAAACAUUUAAAAUGUUUGCAGAACUCCAAGGUUUGUUAUAACUAUCGUUGUAUUUUAAACAUUUAAGAGAUAGUAAUUUUGUCCCAAAAGCUAUUCAUAAAAAAUAUCUUCCAAUAUUAUUGUGUGUUAAUAUAUAGGGAAUGAAAACUAGAGUAUAGCUUUAAAUAAUGGUGUAUACAUCACAAGGCGUGAAGUUUUGUUCCCUUCAGCAUAUUUAUUUCGGAAAACGAGAUCUUUACCAAAACUAUUUUUAAAGAGAUAAUUAGGUAAAUUUUCAUUACAUCAUUUACUUUUUUUUUAGUUCAAGUGUUCCCUUGAAAAUCAUUUAAUAUGGCAUCUUUUUCAUAGUGCCUAAUGUUAAGAAAAAAGCUUUCGUUACACUUAUUUUUCCCUCCUGCUUUGAAAGUGUUUCAAGGGAAAGGGAGAGUGACAUCUGAUGAGGUUAUCUCUGUUUCCAUUGUCUAGUCAGGCAUCAGUAAACUAUUUUCAAUCUAACAUUUGCACAAGGUAUUCCAUCUAGAAAAUGUAUUUUCCUUUUUAACUGGCAUUAUAAAACAUCCAUAACUAUGGAUAUGCUGUAAAAUUAUGGUAGGUUUUGCUGCAUAUUACUACUGUAAAUUCUUGUUUCAAAACAAUAAUGGUUUUGAUUGUAUAGCCAUAUGUUUUAUAUACUGAAUACUGUUCUGUCAUCAAAAUGUACUGAUACUAUAUGGUUAAAGCAUAUGUAGUGGUUUCAGAUUUUAUUCUUUACAACCCAUUGUAAAGAAUAAAAUCUGAUACUGAUGUAAUAUAAUAUAUACCAGUCUCAUCCAUGUGAUUUAUUGGCAUUUGCAGAUUUUUUUUUUAAAAAAAAAACAUAGUUCAGACACAUUGUAACUUAUAACAAUGCAAUCCUGUACCUGUUUAUUCAGAUGUAAAUCCAUUGAGUUCAGUGAGAUUUACUCCUAUGUAAAUGUGCAUGGGAUUGCAGCCUACAAAAGCUUUAUUUUGGUAUGUAUGGAUCUAGUGAAAAGUUAACUGUUUAAAUUUAAUAAAAAGAAGACCAGCACGCCCAGACUUAGAUAAAUGGUCAUGUAAGAUCUGCACAUCAUUUUGAAAAAAAUACCCAAUCCUUUUAUAUUUCCACUUCAAUGCCAAAUGAACCAAAUGUUAUAUUGUUGAUUUAAAAAAUAACUAGCCAUUUUCUCCUUGGCGCUUAUGUGCAAUCCCAUAUGCAAGUUCCAAAUAUUAUAACAUACAAAAUUAUACAACUUUAUAAAUCAGUGUGAUGAUCAUGUAGCCUUCCAGAAAUCCCAGCAGAUCUAUUUAGCAUAGCUAAUACUGAGGAAUAUUCCAUAUUUGGAGAAUGACAUCAUUGACACCACUGGGCUACUACCUACACUUACCUAGAACGCAGUCACAUAGAAUAGAAUGAGAUGUACUUUUGUGUAGUUGCCUCCAGGUGAGAAUACUGUUAUGUAUCAAGGAGCAACACUGAAAUAGAAAAUUGUAAAGCAAGUUUUAACCAUCUACUGUAAAAUAUGGUUGCGGAAAAAGUAAAAAAUUACAUGCCUUGUUCAAAACUAGCUCUAGAGCAAACAUGGGCAAACUUGGGCCCUCCAGGUGUUUUGGACUUCAACUCCCACAAUUCCUAUCAGCCUCAAGCCCUUUCAUUUUCCUCCAGGUGUUUUGGACUUCAACUCCCACUAUUCCUAAUAGCCUCGGGCCCCUUUUUUUAUCCCCUCAGCCGUUUAAGCAGCUGAGGGGGGAAAGGUUGAGGCUGUUACGGAUUGUGGGAGUUGAAGUCCAUAGCCCCUGGAGGGCCCAAGUAUGCCCAUGCCUGCUCUAGACCCAGAGAACUUGUUCCCAAAUCGUUGUGCUGGAAAAUAAUGUUUUGUUUUACCUUUAACCUGCUCAAAAUACCAAACUUCCCAAAAUUAGAAUCUCGAAUAUCUUCUAUAUUUAGAAAUACUAAUCUGAAACAUAGGUUCAAUAUCAACAUCCUCAUGAUGGGUUUCAUAAUGAGAAUUUCUAAAAGGAACCUCUUGAGUAAUUUCAGGAGUAAGGCAAUCUGCUGCGAUCAGAAAUCCAGGAGCUGUGUGUCUGCUUAUCAAGAUGCUGUUCCACACUUGCAGUGGGAAUCAGUUUUUAAUUACAAAGUCAAAUUUUAAUGACUUAUACAAGAUAUAUAGUUCUCAGGCCCAUGAACAGUAGGAUGUUUGGUCUAACAAACUUGGAAUCCAGUUUGACAUAUUUGAGGAAUGAAUGAAGUCACAAUGCUCCCCUGGUGCGUCUGAUAGCUCUGGUAAAUUGACAUACAAUUAGUCAAGCAGAGGCCCUUCAACGCAGAGUAACUGUUGUGUUUUCAAUAUUAUAUUAACAAAAUGGCUUAAUAUACUGAAAAUAUUAUUCUUAAAGCAUUAGUCUGUCUUUCAGCAGAAUUCUAUAAAUCAUUGUAUUCCCCUUAAAGUACAAUACUGUGAAAUACUAUCAUUUAUUAGCUUCUGAUGUUUGGUAAAUCUGAAAUUGCUGCGGGUGUUGGAACAGAGUUGCACUUACAAUUUAGUCACAUUCAUUGUAAUUGUACCACAAGGAUUAUACAAUUAUCUCCUCCAGUUCCUGAUUAUAACCUUUGCAAAUAGUUGACAUUAAUCCAGCCGUUGUUUUCAGAUUCUUCAAGGGAGACAUAGUUUUUAGGCAGCAGUGGUUGACCUUCCUACUCUCCAAAAUUAAAGUGAGGAGACCCAGGCCAUGCAGAUAAAAUUUCAUAUUGUGCAGGAAUUUUUGGGUGCACCAAGAGUAUGGAAAUGAGUACUGUACUGUAUUUCUAUUACAGUUCUAACUCUAAUAUAGCAAUGUGAGCACUGAGCCCAAGAAACAGCAGAUGUAGUGAAAUGAUUAUGCCUGCCUCUAAGCAACAAUUCACAAUUUUCAUUUAUCUUUUGCUAUAUAAAUGUAUAGAACAUUCUUUUAUUUCUUUGAUACUUAUAGAUAAGAGCUUAUUUUAGGAAAGGGACUACUUCAUAAAAUUUGACUUACAAAUAGCGGAAUUCUCUUUAGAAACAUCCCUGCCAUGAUUUUUUGUGUAUGAACUCCAGACAAAGGUACUAGAAAUGCAUGUAAAGUUUUAGUAUUUUACUAUCUAGCAGUCCAGACAUAUACAUGCACACACACUCACAGGGGGUGGUAGUUUGCUAAAUGGUAGUGAAGUAUGUGAAUAAGUUAUUUAACACACAUUGUUUUAUUAUUCGUUUUCUGGCCACCCACACAUCCUGUAUGGCUUGUUUAAGGAAAUGUGGAACAAAUAGUAGUAUAAAUGUAGUCAAUAUUAUUUACAAUUUAGACUGUGUUGAUCUCAUUAUUUUCCUGUGCCUCUUAAUGUAUGUUUAGUCGCCAAAAAUUCCAUCCCACCGUUUACUUUCUUCUAUUGUUCAAAAAUGCUUCCUUGAAUAUGGGGACAGUUGGAAUCCUAUUCUGCAGCCCAUCAUGGAUAUCAGUUCCCUCUUAGAAGUGCCAUAAGAUUAUGAAGUGCAUACAGAAAUUGGCCUGUUUUGUUCCAGUAAUCUUUGUCCAAGUGACCUCAUGUACAGAACAAUAAGAAACGUUUUCCAGAAUGCAAAUAUUUCAUUAUGUAUAAUAUAUAUACAUACUCUCACCUUUCUUUUUCCCUUGUUCCUCCAUUAAUAUCCACCGUUAAAAGGCUUUCUUCUUUACCACACUUUAUUAAUACAUCCUAUUCCUGUAUGUAUGUAGUGCUUGACUGUCAGAAACAUUGAGGCUCCAAUCCUGUACACAUUUACCUGGGAGUAAGUCUUAGUAUACUAAAUAGGACUUUAUUGUGAGUAGACCUAUUUUGGAUUGCACUGAGAGUAUGCUUGGCAUUAAACAGACUUGAGAGAGAAAUCUCAUACUAUGUAGAUGACUCUUAUCAAAGUCUCAUCUACUUACUACCUGGUGAAUAUAUAAAUCCUAGUGGAACCUACACACUUGGAUUGUUGCAUACCAAACAGCAGUUGGCGUGAAAGAUUAAAUGUUGGUGGCAAAAACAAUACUACAAUACUACUUGCUUAAUGAGAGAUUAUUAGGCUGUUUCACCACUUUAGAGCAUAUUAAAUAUUUUACUGCACAGUUCUUUGAACAUUAACUUCCUAUAACAUGACCUGCACUUUGUGCAAAACCACCAAACAGGCAAAUAGCCUACUUUGCACCUGGCCACCUAAUUGUCUGAAAUGUCAUUCAAGCCAUAAAUUCCUUUGAGAUAAUUGUUUGUGCAAUCAAGGCAAUUGGGUUCGAGGCCUUAGGUGUAAAGAUGGUUCUUCAUAUAUAGUUUGUGUGGAUGGGUGCUUGGGUGCACACAUGCACAUAACCAUAUGUCUGGUGUCUUUUUUUGAAGCGAGGUAUCUUUGGAUUCCACCUACUGUACUCUAGAACUCUUUUUUUAUCAAAUAUAGCAUACGCAUUUUCUUUGAAAACAAGUGAUACAAAUAACCUGGCUAGUAGAAAUGAUCAGGCAGAAUUGUUUUGGCAUCAAAUCUUUUUCAACUGUUCUAAAUUUUUAUUUAGUGAAAGUGUAAUUUAAAAUUAAAUGGAAUGUCUGAACAAACUGGGGAAUUUUAGAAAUAAAUCACUCAGCAAUCAUUUUAUAAAGUUUAACUUCUAAAUGCACUAUGAUUUAUUACAAAAAUAUAUUUUCUUCUGCUUGCAGAGAUGGUUGUUCCAUUUUGUGAUAGGUUUAAACUAAAGCAGUUAAUUUUGUUGCACUGUGUAACUGCAUGAAUUCAUCAAGUGUACAUAUGUACCCGUGCAACAUUAUUUGGGGUUUUGUAUUUGAAUUUCAGUAUUGGUUAUUUUUGUAUUUUACUUUACCUGUAUUGGAGUUGUAGUAGACAUAAUUUAUACAUAUGAUUUUAAAACUGUUUUGCAACUGAAAAGUCUUCUUUAAAUUGUAAAAUUUUGUUGAUGGAAACUCAUUAAAAUGGUAUAAAAUUA